UAAUUUACAUUUUCCUGUCCGCCAAUAGAAUAAGCGGGGCGUGGUCAAAUAGCGUAAAGCAUGAGUCCUAAGCGCAAGGAAGCGGUGCAGCAGUAGCAUUUUUGUUCUACGGAAUCAAGUGGGCCUCAUUUCAAGCGGUAUCUGAAGGAAUCAUGUCUCAGGCGGACUUUGAAAAAGCUGCAGAGGAGGUGAAAGUCCUGAAGACCAAGCCUAACGAUGCAGAAAUGCUGGAGAUUUAUAGUUUAUAUAAACAAGCUACUGUGGGUGACGUCAACACAGCUCGCCCUGGUAUGUUAGACUUCACAGGCAAAGCCAAGUGGGACGCUUGGGAGAAACGAAAAGGAAUGAGCAAAGAAGACGCCACGAAAGCCUACAUCGAUAAGGUGGAGGAGCUGAAGGGGAAGUACGGGAUCUAAAUGUCGUACGGCCAGGGAGGAGACGCACCCCAUGGGAAGCUACCAGAGCCUUUCUGGCCGACCCCUCAGGCCGGUCAUGUGAUGAUAUGCCUUAAACCCCUGUCCCGAGAAGGCCCGGCUUCCUCGUACUGCAUGCUUAGUGCUAAUUGUUAUUAAAUCACAACGGGACCGUAACACCUCGGACCAAGAUGCCGUCCACCAGCAGUCACCUAGCAAACAUUAAGGAUUUGACCUGUUUCUGCCUUGCUGUAAACUGAUAGGAUAUAAAGGAAAAAAAAGUUUU